AUGACGGAACACAGCCCAGCGCCAACUCCGCAUAGAGCCAUCUAUGGCUUCGCCUUUUACUUUCUCUUUACCGUGCUGUUUUUCAUCUAUGUGGCUUGGGCAUAUUUGCCUGUGGAGCUGGGAUUGCAUUCCCAUCUGCCGGACAAGUAUUUCGCUGCAUUUGUUCCAGUUCUCAUCAUUGUGGGCGCCGCAUUUGCCUUCAUCAUCUAUCCUGCAAUUAAUCUGGCGCUGACACCCAACAUCGAUUCGAUUGCCUCGGUUGUUGAUCUCAAAUUGACACUGCCGAAGGGGAGUAAAUUCACGUCGUGGUCACAGCUGCAGCAUCCGCGAGCCGAGGACGUUGAUCCUCAGCCAAAUGCAGCUGCUCCCGUUCAGUGUAAUCUCUGCAGGAUAACACACAGGCCAAAGACACGUCCGCCAAUUGCUCCGUUGCGUUUUUUAGAUUUGCAAGAAGUAAACGCCACAUUUUUUGAUAACUAACAG